AACAUAAUACUCCUUGUUCUCGAAAGAGAGACCAGGAUACUAAUUUCCCGUACAGCAGUUGUUUUAUCGAAUAUUGAUCAGAGUCACAUCUCUCGUUUUUGAUGAGUCUAGUCUUUCUCAAAUUGACGGUGUGUAUGAUAGACAAGCGGGACCUCGGCGAAAAAAAUUAUUCUGUCGUCUUUUCAUCAGGACUUCUUUGGACUCAUGCCACGAAUUACGUCGGGGAAAAAUUGUGCUGCAAGCAUACGCCACACACUAAGAACAUUAAAGAAAAUGUAGCACGCUCAAUGAACUGCGGGCCUUCUUCCCUAGCCUAAGAAGGGUGGAGAUAGAAACCCGCACGGAGCCCGCACGGAGCCCACACGGCACAAAAGUUUCCUAUCUCCAGUUUUCCCGACCGAGCUCGGAUAACGUAUACCAUCAUCCUUUAUUUACAAACACCUUGUAUAAAUGACAAGGCAGAAAAAUUGCUGACAAACGUAUUCGAACGUUUUUCGAACACAUAGGGUUGCAUUAUAAAACUCACAGUGACACGUGGUAUUCAUUUUAUUCCUGUACAAGUUAUCGAUCAGUUUGUAUCGGUAAUUCUCACUGUAUUCUAGUGGAACACAAGAAAAUAGAUGGCUCUCUCGGUGAAGGCGUAUUUGAACCCAGAAACCAAUCAGCAAGAAAUUCGUCGUUUUGCUAUCGACGAAGGUGCCUCAGCCAAUUUUGCCUAUUUGAGGCAGAAGAUCGAGCAGGUCUUUCCAUCCGUCAGGGGCAAGGUGUUCAAAUUGUUUUGGAAAGAUGCCGACAACGAGAUGAUAACAUUUUCGAGCGAUGAAGAGUUGGUGGAAGCAUUAGGAAGUAUCAGUGGCGAUGUGUUUCGUGUAUUUGUGAAAGGUGGUGAACCGGACGCCAGUAAUGUUGAGGACUCAGCUGAACAACAGGACUCUGACACAGCCCACCCUGGUGUGGUGUGCGAUGGUUGUGAGAAGCACAUCUUUGGGAUCCGGUUCAAGUGUGUGGUUUGCCCAGACUUUGACCUUUGCAUGACCUGCGAGACUAAAGGAAUGCAUAAGGAACAUGAGAUGCUACGUAUUGCAACACCAAGAACUCCUGGAGACAACUGGUUCCCUGGCUUCAACCCAUUUGGAUUUGGUCAUCCACCUCGCCACCCCCCACAUGGUCACCCACCUCACCACCCCCCUCAUGGUCAUCCACCACACCACCCCCCUCAUGGUCCUCCUCCUCCUCAUGGAAUUCCUCCCUAUCAAUUUGACUUUGGACGUGGAUUUGGCCCAUGGGGACGUGGAUUUGGCCGUAGAGGGGGCCGUGGUCGUUGUGGCAAAGCCAGAGGCCGUUGCAACAGCGGAGGAAAGAAAUGUGAUCGCCAUACAGAGGCCAACACUGGAGAGGUUCCUGUUGGACCGCCCUUUCUUCAUGCCGUUGGAGAGACGAUUGCGUCAUUUCUUGGGCCUCUGGGUGUAGAGGUGCACACAUAUGCAAGUACUGAGGAAGAUUGUUGUCAAGGCAGAUGUCAGGAAAGUGACCAACAACCUACUGCAGAUACUGGUCCUGCUGAAGAAUUCACAGAACAAACAGUUAAUGAUGGCAUGAAUGAAAGUGCUCCAGGAAAUGUCACACAAACAAAUGAAAAAGAAACUUCUGCAAUGGAUGUCCAGCCUCCAGAGGAGUUUGUUUUGGUUGAUGAGAAUGCUGAGACACAAGAAGGAGCCUCUGGAACAGUUGAUGAAGAAGUCCCAUCUGACCCUCUGGAGGUAGCCAUAGCAAAGAUGCGUGCAAUGGGAUUUGAAGAUGACAGUGGCUGGCUGCGGCAAUUGAUAACUACCAAGGGUUAUGAUCUCAACAAAGUCCUUGAUGCCAUGCAGUUUGAGGGGAAGAAUUGAUGGACAUCUCACAGUGCAUCCUGCUUAAUAUGUAGCCAAUUGUUGUUGUUUUUUGUGUGGUAAUUUUUCAGUUUAAUUUAGCAUUUACUAAGUUUGUGGGAAUUGCUAACCAUUGGAAUCAUGCAUAUGAAAUGUCAACUGCAUAGAACUGUUUCAAAAAAAUUAGACAGAUCUGGUAUCUGGGAGCCUUCUGGAAACUAAAUGAUUGUAUAGCCAAGUGUAUUAAGUUUUAAUUUUUAAGUGAUAAUUACAGAAAUUUAAAAAAAAACAUUUUCUGGUGCCUUUUGGAAUAGAGGCCUUUUCCUCUCAGGAUUUGUAAUUUCUUCUGCUGUAGUAACAUUGAGAGAAACAUGAAUGGGAGGAGAAAUACCUUCAAGACCAGUUAAGUGUUUGUGCCAUUCAAGAGGUUCAAUUUUUUUUUUUUAGUGAAAAUUAUCUUUUUUUCUAGUUCCCUCAUAAGAUUACCAAAUAGUGUUUGUUACAGUUAAUUGCCAAGGGAGGAGGCAACUUCUUGCUGCUUUGUCUAAAUUUGAAGUUGACAUUUCAUUAAUGGCCUUUCAUGCGUUCAAAAGGUGUUUUGGAUUUUGGAUUUUGAUGAGUACAAUUCCAUUGUACAAAAGUUCCUUUUUUUUUCUUUGGAGGUGAAUCAAAUUUUGAAGAGUGAAAAAAAAAACCCAUUGUAGAAGGGUUCAAACUAUUUGAGUGAAGAUUUUGGUUGUGGUUGAUAAUUAUUCAAUGUGCUUGAUGGUUGUGUCAUGUAACUGAGCAGUAAUAGCAUUGUAAUGAGCAGUGAUGUGAAAAUAAACUUCUUAAAUGAUGA